AUGGCUAUUUUGGAGGAAGGCUCCGGCCGAAAAAAGGUUGGCAUUUUAGAUGUUGCACUGCUGUUAGUGCUCAAUAAAGAUUUAAAAAGAAGCAAUCGAGUUGCCGGCAUUUCUUGCUAUUUUGAUAUUUAUGGGACACAACCAAGGCUGAGCACCGUUAUUCAGCUCAUCAUUCUACAAUCAUGCGGUAAAGCUUGGGGGAAGAGGUUAUUGCCCAGGGGGAGGCUUCUAGUGUUUCUGCUAAACAUACAUCUAAAGCUAAAAGAUGUGGGAAUUGUAGCAUUUAAGCUAGCCACAGACUAUUCCAAGCUUUUGUGUGCUAAGUGCAUUCAAAAGCUCACAGGGAAGGAAACUUCGCUAAUAAUGAAAGAAUUCCUGACGGUUCACCCAAGAGUUUUCAUGAAGGUGCUAGCAGAGGUGGUCGCCUUUCUACAUCUGAAGGGCAUCUCCCUUGUUCCCUACCUCGACGAUCUGCUGCUGUUCAAUCCCAGUCGAGCACUUCUUCUCACGGACCUGACCACCGUCCUGACUACACUGGAAUCCUUAGGAUGGAUUAUAAACAGAGAAAAAUCUUCUCUCCUCCCAGAACAGAGAAAGAUCUAUCUGGGAUUCUUAAUAGAUUCCUUAGAGAAAAAGCUUCUCCUACCAGUAGACAAGGUCCAGGGACUCCUCUCAGUGGUCAGUCCUGAGGAACCUCAGACUGUGAGGGACGGUGCCGUCCUUCCAACAGAGAAGAAGUUUUCCUGUACUGAGUGCGGGAGGUGUUUCCGUUCUAAAUCCGGCCUUUAUGUGCAUAAAAGAUCUCACACAAGGGAAGUGGUGUAUUCCUGUACUGAGUGUGGGAAACGUUUUUCACAUAAGUCAAGACUCUACAUACAUCAGAGAUCUCACACGGGGGAGAAGCCGUUUUCCUGUCCUGAAUGCGGUAAAUGUUUUGUACAGAAAUCAAAUCUUGUCACACAUCAGAGGUAUCACACAGGGGAAAAGCUAUAUUCCUGUUCUGAGUGCAAGAAAUGUUUUGUACGAAAAUCAGAACUUGUCAGACAUCAGAGAUCUCACACGGGGGAGAAGCCAUUUUCCUGCCCUGCGUGCGGGAAAUGUUUUGCACAGAAAUCAAAUCUUGUCACACAUCAGAGGUAUCACACAGGGGAAAAGCCAUAUUCCUGUCCUGAGUGCAAGAAAUGUUUUGUACGAAAAUCAGAACUUGUCAGACAUCAGAGAUCUCACACGGGGGAGAAGCCAUUUUCCUGCCCUGAGUGCAAGAAAUGUUUCUCAGAGAAGUCCAGUCUUUAUUAUCAUCAGAGAUUGCACACAGUGGAGAAUCAAUAUUCUUGUCCUGAGUGUGCAAAAUGUUUUCUACAAAAAUCAGAGCUUGUCCAACAUCAGAGAUCUCACACAGGGAAAAGGGUGUAUUCUUGUCCUGAGUGUGGGAAAUGUUUUUUAUAUAAGUCCAGUCUUUCUGUACAUCAGAGAUCUCACACAGGGGAGAAGCCGUAUUCCUGCUCUGAGUGUGGGAAAUGUUUUAUACAAAAAUCGAUACUUAGCAUGCAUAAGAGAUCUCACACAGGGGAAAAGCCAUAUUCCUGUCCCGAGUGUGGGAAAUGUUUUUCAAAAAUGUUCAAUCUUUAUAGACAUCAGAGAUCCCACACGGGGCAGAAGUCACGUUCCUGUGCUGAGUGAGGGAAAUGUUACUCCGUGUAGUCCUGUCUUCCUGUA